AUGCCGUCCUCUACCGCCUCAGUCCGCACCUUUACGAUGCCAAAAUCCCUCAAUGAAUCUUUGGCAGAGCCUGGUGUCCCCCAUCUGGCUUCAGACAGCGGUCGAUCUCUUGACAAGGCCAAGCGGGUCAAGGAUGAAUAUAAUAAAGACCAGAUAGACCCUCUCUCCAGCAACCAACCACACCCCAAGCCAGGCAUCACCUUCGCCGCGCAGGAUAGUCUCCCAAAGCUGCCCAUUCCUGAGUUGGAGAGUAGUCUGAACAAGUACCUCGCUGCUCUUAAGCCAUUACAAUCUUCAAGAGAACACGCAGAAACCCAACAAGCGGCGGAGGAGUUCCUGAAGGCCGAGGGUCCCGAGCUACAAGAAAGAUUGAGGAAGUAUGCCACGGGAAAGACGAGCUAUAUCGAACAAUUCUGGUAUGAUUCCUACCUGAAUUAUGAUAACCCCGUUGUCCUAAAUCUCAACCCCUUCUUUCUCUUGGAAGAUGAUCCUACUCCGGCCCGGAACCAUCAGGUCACUCGGGCAGCCUCCCUUGUAGUGUCUGCUCUAUCAUUCGUGCGCGCGGUCAGAAAGGAAGAGCUACCGCCCGACACUGUCAAGGGUGCACCACUCUGCAUGUACCAAUACUCUAGAUUGUUCGGCACCGCUCGGGUACCUACCGAGCAUGGUUGUCAUAUUGGCCAGGACCCAAACUCAAAACAUAUUGUGGUCCUUUGCCAUGGUCAAUUCUACUGGUUCGAUGUCAUGGAUGACAACUCGGAUCUAAUCAUGACGGAGAAAGAUAUAUCACUCAACCUCCAGACUAUCAUUGAUGAUGCACAGCAAACACCUAUACAAGAAGCCGCGAAAGGUGCCUUGGGCGUGCUCAGUACUGAGAACCGGAAAGUCUGGUCUGGGUUGAGAGAUGUUCUGACUAGAGAUGAAGGUUCGAAUAACGCAGAUUGUCUGGGGAUAGUAGACUCUGCCUUAUUCAUCCUUUGCCUUGACUAUACAGAACCAGCUUCUGGAGCAGCGAUUUGCCAGAACAUGCUUUGUGGGACUAGUCUAGUCGAGAAAGGCGUGCAAGUGGGUACCUGCACAAACCGAUGGUACGACAAGCUACAGAUAAUUGUUUGCAAGAACGGCAGUGCCGGCAUCAAUUUUGAACACACUGGUGUCGACGGCCAUACUGUUCUGCGGUUUGCAAGUGAUGUCUAUACGGAUACCAUUCUUCGUUUCGCUCGGACCAUCAAUGGCCAAGCUCCGAGUCUUUGGGCAUCGACAAGUCCUGACCCAUCGAAACGGGAUCCUGAUAGCUUCGGAGAUGUGAACACUACUCCCCACAAACUUGAGUGGGACAUGGUGCCAGAACUAAGCAUUGCUCUACGGUUUGCGGAAACUCGUCUGGCUGAUUUAAUUCAGCAAAAUGAAUUCCAAACGCUCGACUUCGGGCAUUAUGGAAAGAACUUCAUAACGGCGAUGGGCUUUUCGCCUGAUGCAUUUGUGCAGAUGGCGUUUCAGACCGCCUAUUAUGGACUCUACGGCCGCGUUGAAUCCACAUACGAACCUGCGAUGACCAAGUUCUACCUUCAUGGUCGUACUGAGGCAGUUCGUUCCGUCACCCCCGAAUCAGUAGAUUUUGUCCAAACAUUCUGGGGCGAGAAUCCAGCACAACAGAAGGUUGACGCACUGAAAAGAGCUUGCCAGAAGCAUGUUACCAACACCAGGGAAUGUGCGAAAGCUCAAGGCUGCGACCGGCAUCUUUACGCCCUUUUCAGCGUCUGGCAGAGAGAGCUUGAUGAGAAUGGAGCAGAGGCCGCAAGUAGUAACGGUUUGAGUAGUAAUGGUUAUUCGAGUCCCAUAGACGGAGGAUCCGAGAGAGAUCCAGCUUCGAUUGUUGGCAGUCCCAGCAGGAAUUCUAUCCUGUCCACCGACGGUGACGAUAUUCGUUCGGAGCAGUCAAAUGGAAGACAGCGUGGGAACUCAUCCCCAUCCCGCAGUCACACCCACAACCACCCAUUGCCAUCACUGUUCGCCGAUAGCGGAUGGGACAAGCUGAACAAUACGAUCAUCUCUUCGUCGAAUUGUGGUAAUCCCUCGCUGCGACAUUUUGGCUUCGGGCCCACGACGGGAGACGGAUUUGGAAUCGGCUAUAUCAUCAAGGACGAUGGCAUUAGCAUUUGCGCUAGCAGCAAACACCGACAAACGAAACGAUUCGUUGACGCCUUAGAGAGUUAUCUCCUCGAAAUACGGCGCAUCCUCCGCACCACACAACACCGCACUUCAAGCCCCAGGACCAGUCGAGCGCGCGAGGCAAGUGCCAGCCGUCCGAAGGCAGGGAGCCGAUUAAAGCCACGGGGCCGCGUGAUCAGGGUUGCGGAGGCGGGUAAGAGGACACCAGGAUCGGUCACACCGGUGGACGAUGGGUCAGCAGGGAGUGAUGAUGAGGGGUUGGGGGGCUGUGAGUAUUCUUCACUCAUCGAAGUCUGGAUCGAGGCUGAUGAAUGUUCUUUUUCGCGUACAGAUGGGUUUUUUGAUGCCGGGAUGUUGUUGCAGGCGCUGAAGGCGCGAGGUGAGGGCCUGGAUGAUGCGGGGAGUAUAGCGGGGCCGAAUGGGGUUACGGCCAGUGCGAGAAGGAGGGAGAUUGGGAAGAGGCUGAGGUUGAAUGAGUAUUGA